AAGGAGAAUUACGCAGUAAGCCUGGGCACGGCCAGUUCCAUUGCUCCGCAAUAGUGCGCUCUUGGACAGUUCUCCUAUCUCUGAUGUGAUUCCCUGGUGACUUUUGAUAUUGCCUCCAUCACUGUUCCCUCUCGACACCACGAUGUCGUCCGUGAACCGCCACCCCGCCGAGCUGGCGACCGAACUGUCCCCCGCCGAGGCACGUGUCGACCGCAUCGAGGAGGCCAUCGCCAACCCGGGCGCGGUGAAGAUCAACGUCAAGGGCGCCUUCAUCGUCGACGAGCCCCCGCCGUCGAAGAGUCCGGUUGAGACUGACGGAGUACACUCUGGUGGAAGGGAUAUCCGCCUCCCACAUCAUACUGGCGUCGUGAGCCAUGUCGCUGUAGAUAUUGGAGGAUCCCUUGCCAAAUUGGUCUAUUUCACACGAGAGCUGGACUCGGGGGACAAUGGCGGCCGACUGAAUUUCCUCAAUUUUGAGACCCACCGCAUCGAACUGUGCAUUGACUUCAUCAGACAGCUCAAGGAAGAGCAUGAGAGAGUCAAUGGCUCAUCGCGGAAUGAAUUGUGUAUAAUGGCAACGGGUGGGGGGGCUUUCAAAUACUACGACCAAAUGAAGAAGGAGUUGAAUGUGAAUAUCCUGCAGGAAGAUGAGAUGCAGUGUUUAAUCAUGGGUCUUGAUUUCUUCAUCACCGAAAUUCCCAAUGAAGUGUUCACCUACAGCGAAACCGAGAAUAUGCAGUUCCCCGAGUCGCGGCCAGACAUCUACCCAUACCUCCUGGUGAAUAUUGGCUCUGGUGUGUCAAUGAUCAAGGUCUCGGGGCCGCGUCAGUUCGAGCGAGUGGGUGGCACCCAUCUCGGCGGUGGCACGUUCUGGGGGAUCAUGUCUCUGUUGACCGGAGCCCGAACCUUUGAUGAGAUGCUUGCCAUGGCGGACAGCGGAGACAACGCAGGAGUGGACAUGCUCGUAGGGGAUAUCUACGGAAUGGAUUACACAAAGAUCGGACUGAAAAGUACUGCCAUUGCCAGCACGUUUGGCAAGGUGCUUCGAAUGAAGCGCGCCGCCGAAAAGCAUGCCGAGGAUGGGGAAGGUCUCGGCGACGAUGAAACCAGACAACAAGAUCCCAAUGUGACAUUCAGGGCAGAAGACAUGAGCCGAAGUCUCUUGUUCGCCAUCAGUAAUAACAUUGGACAAAUCGCCUACCUGCAGUCAGAGAAACACCAGGUUAAGCACAUCUAUUUCGGAGGGUCUUUCAUCCGAGGCCACCGCCAAACGAUCAACACUCUCUCCUACGCGAUCAAGUUUUGGUCGAAGGGCGAGAAGCAAGCAUACUUUCUUCGUCACGAGGGCUAUCUCGGUGCCGUAGGUGCAUUCUUGCAGCGACAACCAAUGAACUGGGGCCGCCGCAACAGCAUCAGAGAAACCGAACCACCACGUGCAGUCAGAGAUGUCGUCCAAAAGCAGGAGGAUUGAGCAGUUCAUACCUCUUUUUUUGCACCUAUACUCCUUAACCUUGCACUGGCUCAUCGCAUACAAUCGGUAUUUCGACUGAUUCCGGCCUGCUUUUUGCAAACC